AUGAGCGUUACCAAAAGCAACGUAAUAUUACAUAUACAAGGAUCAGCGCGUCAUUUUAUGAACUCCCUGACAAACCUCUCCCGGGACAACGAUCCAGUAACUGACUGGUUGACUAUUGCAAGGGAUAGAUUACUGCUCGCUAAAGAUCUCUUCCGGCCUGUAUAUGCUCUGGACAUGCGCAACCAUGGCGAAUCCGGUCAUCAUCCAAAACACGACUACAUGGAGAUGGCACUAGACGUGAAAUCUUUUAUUGAAAGACACCAGCUUCGGGCACCGACUAUCAUUGGCCACUCUAUGGGCGCAAAAACAGCAUUAACACUAGCUUUAGAAUCCCCCACCCUAAUCAAGGAUGUAGUGGCCAUCGAUAAUUGCCCAAUCCGCUUACCACUGGAGUCAGACUUUGUCCGGUAUCUGGAAGGAUUAGCAAGGCUAAGAGACGAAAGGAUCACGGACCAUUUGCAAGCUGAUAAAAUCUUGUCUCAAUAUGAAAAGUCUCCUGCUAUACGGGCUUGGCUCAUUAGCAACCUUCACAAGAAGCCAGGUACACCUUUCCUCCAGCUUCGUGUGCCCGUCGAAACCUUGAGCACAGCCAUAAGGCCUCUUGGCGAAUUUCCUUAUCGUGUAGGCGAGGAGAGUCAAGCCAUUAGGCAAUUCAAUGGUCGCGUCCUCUUCCUGAGAGCUCUUCAGAGCAACUUUAUUCCUGAGUCAGCACUACCGCUGAUAAAUUCCUUCUUUCCGUCUUCUGAGAUCGUGGAUAUCGACUGCGGUCAUUGGAUUGUUCAGGAGAAGACCGAGGAAUUCCGUAAGAGUGAGUUGCCCACUGCACCCCCCGCCUUAUAUAUUAUUGCGUAG